CGGAGGCCCCGACCGGACUGCAGAGCUCGGAGACCCAGCCGGUUUGGGGAAAGGGGCCGCCAGGGAAGUGGGCCUCGGCUUCCGUUGGCCGCUGCUCAGCGCCGCGGCCUGUCCGGACUGCGCAGGAAAGCGUCUUCCCUGACCGGCCUUUGCUUUCCCGCGCGGCGCCGGGCCGGCCCGGGCCAGCCGGGGCGACUUCCCCGCCGAGGGCCUCCGCGGGCCUCGCGACCGCACUGACCUCCCCGCGCCCCCCGGCCGCCGGCGGGCCCCGAACCUCCGCCUCCGUCCGCUCGCAGCCGGCGCCGCCCCCCGAAGCCCGCGGCUCGGCGCGCCGGGGUCCCCCCUAGGCCCGAAGGCGCGAGCGUGAGCCCCCGCCGCCGCCCCCCGCCCCCUUAUACCGGGCCCCUGAGCAGGGGCCGGAGCCUCCGGCGGCGGGGCGGGGGGGGCGCCCCGAUGAGCCCCGAGUGCGAGGAGCCGCCGCCCCCCCGCGCAGGGCGCCAUGUUUUGGAAGUUUGACCUGCACACGAGCUCACACCUGGACACGCUUCUGGAGCGGGAGGACCUGAGCCUGCCUGAGCUCCUGGACGAGGAGGACGUGCUGCAGGAGUGCAAGGUCGUCAACCGGAAGCUACUGGACUUCCUGCUGCAGCCGCCGCACCUGCAGGCCAUGGUGGCCUGGGUCACCCAGGAGCCGCCGGCCAGUGGCGAGGAGCGGCUGCGCUACAAGUACCCCAGUGUGGCCUGUGAGAUCCUGACCUCGGACGUGCCCCAGAUCAACGACGCGCUGGGCGCCGACGAGUCCCUCCUGAACCGGCUCUACGGCUUCCUGCAGAGUAGAAGCAGCCUCAACCCCCUGCUGGCCAGCUUCUUCAGCAAGGUCAUGGGCGUCCUUAUCAACCGCAAGACGGACCAGCUCGUGUCCUUCCUGCGGAAGAAGGACGACUUCGUGGACCUGCUGCUGCAGCAUAUCGGCACCUCGGCCAUCAUGGACCUCCUGCUGCGUCUCCUCACCUGCGUGGAGCGUCCACAGCUGAGGCAGGACGUGGUCAAUUGGCUCAACGAGGAGAAGAUUGUGCAGCGGCUUAUAGAACAGAUCCACCCGUCAAAGGAUGACAAUCAACAUUCCAAUGCGUCCCAGUCCCUGUGCGACAUCAUCCGCCUGAGCCGGGAGCAGAUGAUCCAGGCCCAGGACAGCCCGGAGCCCGACCAGCUGUUGGCCACCCUGGAGAAGCAGGAGACGAUCGAGCAGCUCCUGAGCAACAUGCUGGAGGGGGAGCAGAGCCAGUCUGUCAUUGUGAGCGGGAUCCAGGUGCUGCUGACCCUGCUGGAGCCCAGAAGGCCAAGGUCCGAGUCUGUGACCGUGAACAACUUCUUUAGCAGCGUGGAUGGGCAGCUGGAGCUCCUGGCCCAGGCGACCCUGGACAGCACCACGUCCAGUGUGGGCGUCCUGCACGCCCUGCGCCCACGGCUCGGCCAUUUCCACCAGCUCCUGCUUGAGCCCCCCGAGCUGGAGCCGCUGAGAACUACGUGGGGCAGCCUGGCCCCGCCGCUGGGCAACACCCGGCUGCAUGUGGUCAAGCUGCUGGCCAGCGCUCUGAGCGCCAACGAUGCGGCCCUGACCCAGGAGCUCCUGGCGCUGGACGUGCCCAACACCAUGCUGGACCUCUUCUUCCACUAUAUGUUCAACAACUUCCUGCAUGCCCAAGUGGAGUUGUGUGUGAGUGCCCUGCUGAGCACUGCACCUCCCUCCGACAGUGGCCUCGAGAUACCUGCCCCGAGCCCCGUCCUGAAACACCUGCUGCAGCAGUGCCGCCUGGUGGAGCGCAUCCUGACCUCCUGGGAGGAGAACGACCUCGUGCAGUCUGCCGGGGGCCCCCGCAAAGGCUACAUGGGCCACCUGACGAGACUGGCCAACGCUCUGGUGCAGAACACGGAGAAGGGGCCCAACGCCGAGCAGCUGGGGCGGCUGCUGAAGGAGCUGCCGGGAGAGCAGCAGGAGCGGUGGGAGGCCUUCGUGUCUGGCCCCUUGGCGGAGACCAACAAGAAGAACGCUGUGGAUCUGGUGAGCACCCACCACCUGCACUCCUCCAGCGACGACGAGGACGACCGGCUCAAGGAGUUCAACUUCCCUGAGGAGGCGGUGCUGCAGCAGGCCUUCAUGGACUUCCAGAUGCAGCGCAUGACCUCGGCCUUCAUCGACCACUUCGGCUUCAAUGACGAGGAGUUUGGGGAGCAGGAGGAGAGUGUGAACGCGCCUUUCGACAAGACAGCCAACAUCACCUUCUCCCUCAACGCCGACGACGAGAACCCCAACGCCAACCUGCUGGAGAUCUGCUACAAGGACCGCAUCCAGCAGUUUGACGAUGAGGACGAGGAGGACGAGGGCCAGGGCUCCGGGGGGUCUGACGAGGAGGACGGCACCUGGCAGGGCGGCCAGCUUGGGGCCAGGGGGGCCUGCCGGGGCCAGCCCCCGGCUGUGCGGAGCGGCGGCAGCACAGACAGCGAGGACGAGGACGAGGACGAGGAGGUCGGCGACGGCCGCGCGGCUGGUGCGGGGGGCGGGCCCCGCUCUCAGCCUGGCCCCGGCCCGCAGCCUCCGGGCCCCAACUGGACAGCCACCUUUGACCCAGUGCCUACAGACGCCCUGACCGGCCCCCGAGACUCUGGGGAGAAGGAGCCGAGCCCCGGGCUCCUCGCCCCACAGGGGUCCCUCGGCGUACCCCGGGGCCUCCCCGCCCUGAGCCCGGCCGGCCCCGCGGCCUGCACCGCCCUGCAGCUCAGGUCUCAGGACCCCGCAUCCCCGUCAGCACCUCAGGAAGCCACAGACGGCCCCCAAGUAGCAGAGCCCUCGGCCCCUUGCCAGGCUUUGGUCGGCAUCGGGGACCUCCAGGCCACACUCAGAGGGACGCGCUCCAACCCCAGCUCCUUGGACAGUGCAACCAGAGACCCUGCUACCUCUGUCCCAGCCUCCGGGGCCUGCCAGCACCCGCGGACCACAGAGGGGGAGAAGAGCCCAGAGCCCUCGGGGCUCCCCCAGAGCCAGAGUGCCCAGGCCCUCGAGCCGCCUCCGAUGCCCAACGGCUCUGCCCCGGGAGGGCCAGCACCCCUGGGCUCUCAGUGA